AUGGCCAAAACGACGCCGUCGCCGGCAAUUCUCCUCCUCACCCUCCUCCUCCUGAUCACACCGCCGCCCUCCCAGUCCCUCCCCUACUCCCAAUACCGCACCCUCUUCUCCCUCGCCCACUCGCUCAUGACGCGCGUGGCCAACCUCCGCGCCUCCCGCGGCGACCACGCCGGAUCGGACCGGGCCAGGAACAUCGCCGCCAAAAUGGAGAGCGGGCUGGGCCUCGGCGUCUGGGGCUUCAUGUGGUCGGCGGGGUGGGACUACCUCAAGAACUACUCCUGGAGGGAGCUGCCGUACGCGGAGAUGUACGGCGCCGCGUCGGAGGCGAGCGAGUUGAUGAGGUGGCUCGGUGAGUUGACUCGGAAGGAAUCGGACUCCGAGCGAGCCGCUUGGAUCGGUCAGAAUUACCAAAAUGUCUUCAGGGUCUCCACUUCGCUGCUGCGUAGGCUUCUCAGGGUGUUCAGUCAGUCGGGAGCUUUGAGAGAAGUGGUGAAGGCAGUUCAAAGAGAGGUGGUGGAGGGCGAGCUAUUGAAGGACUGUCUUGAAUUGGGCAGCAAUGACUUUCGUGGUGUGCUUCAGAUUCUCAAGGAUUUGGGAUUACAGUACGGUUCCGCCGCUAGUUCUAAGCACCAAGAACUUUGACAUCUCUCUACUCCAAGGUGCUAAGCAAUUGUCCCAUUUUGUAGUUUGUUGUACGAAUAUGAAUUUUGUACUUGCAUUGUUUAUAUCUAUGACUGUGUUGUAGCUUAGUCUUUGAUAUCCUUUUCUCUAUUUUGUUUCUUAAUCUUUGCCCAUGAAGAUGGCUCAACUUUCUACAUGAGCUCGACCAUGAGACUAUAAGGUUGGUGAUUAGGUCCUUUAAAGAUGCUAGGAACAAAGUUUUACCAUA